AUGGAUGCAGGAGGGUUGGAGCCUCCGGCAUCCGAUGGGGUUGAAGGAGGUCUUGAGCCUCUAAUACCAGUUGGGGUUGAAGGAGGGCUUGAGCCUCUGGUACCCGUUGGGGUUGAAGGAGGGCUGGAGCCUCUGGUACCCGAUGGAGUUGAAGGAGGUCUUGAGCCUCCGGUGCCCGUUGGGGUUGAAGGAGGUCUUGAGCCUCCGGUGCCCGUUGGGGUUGAAGGAGGGCUUGAGCCUCUAAUACCCGAUGGGGUUGAAGGAGGUCUUGAGCCUCUAAUACCUGUUGGGGUUGCCGAUGCAUGCAAGGCACGUGGCGCGUAG